CGAAAAUGGGUUUGGCUUCCGCAGAGAUCCAAUAAAGAACAUCCGCCGAAAAUCAGACCCCAGUAUUACUCAGUUUUGCAUCCAGGUCCACAUCACAAAGUCGGGUUGAAUCGUCAUUUGAAUGCAGAGCGUGACAUGUCUGGCACACAGUCCAUUUUGAAUCCCCGCGAAAGAUUAGGCGGAGAAAGUGAUCGUAGGUUGCGAGAUCGCGCUCUUUCAAACCCUUCCAAGCAGACCAAUCAAUGGCGUGGUGAACGCGGCGAUAUGUUAACGAGAGCGCAGCGUUUUCAGAAAUCGCCAGCAAUGCUGCAAUCUUGUGAAGAAGCUCAGCCGGGAGAGGGAGAAUGUGCGUUAGAUUCGGCAAGGAUAGGCAAAUGCGACCCGAAGAAAAGGUCGCGCAGAAAUCUGUCACGUCUUCUCGGAAGCUACGGCGCUUGGUCUGGUGUCGGCAGAUCCUCAUUGUCAACCUUGGAAUACUUUGGCCAGGCAAUUCAAGAACAACCAUAA